AUGCCAGAAUCAUCAUCCAGACCAGCCCAGGAAAUCAUCAGAACCAAGCGAUUACAAGACUUGCUGCUUGCUGUUGUUUAUCGAGCCGCCAUGGGCCGUGCCAAGAGGCAUGGAGGGCCGGAGGAGGCAGAGGCGGUGCCCCCACCACCUCCUGCUAGCCCACCAGCGCCUGACGCAAAUCUGGCGGGACUCUUUGCAAACAACCCUUUGCUGGGGGGCAAUCAGUUUGCAAAUCCUUUGCUGGGCGCCAAUCCCUUGAUCCUGGCCACACUCGCAAAUCCUGCCCAACCAUCUGCAGCCAUGCAACCGGGUGCCGCUGCUGCAGAGCCCGAGGACAGCAACAUGAUUGACCCGGAUGUGCAAGAGUUGUGUGAUUACUUCCACAUCGAGGAACGGCAUGCCCGGCGGCUGAAUGACAUCAUGAAGAACAGGGAAGACACCUUUGUGGCAGAUAUGGAGCGGCUCUAUGAUGUCCUAGAGCGGGCCAACAGUCCAGCUGGUCUGCUGGUGGUGAAGAUGCGGGAGAUGGAAGAGGGAACCUUUGUGGGCAAGGUCAAAGCAGACAAAGACUUAGCAGCCGUUUCAAAGAAGUAUAAGCUUGACGAACAGGCGGAAUCCAAGCUGGCAGACAUCCUGGCCAGGUAUGACGAUGCUCGUAGGAAGGAGUACCUCAUUGAGAUCGAACGGCACCUAGAGGUCUCCAAUCGGCCCUCUGCCAUGGCCAUGUUGUUGCUGAGGAAGUUGGGUGAGGGUCAGUCUCUUGGCAAGCCCGGUCCAGCAGCCCCAGGGAGCUACCUCGACAACGCGCAGCGCGCGGCGCGGGGCGAGCCCACGCGCAGCGGCCGCGAGCGCAACGACGGCCGCACCGACGGCCGCGCGGAGCGCAAGAGCCCGCGUCGCGACAAGGAGCGGCGACGCUCCCGGUCGCGCCGGAGCUUUAGCUUGGGGGACAUGGGCUUAUGCAUGUUCAUCUCCUACCUGGAGAUCUAUAACAACGAUGGACCGGCUUUCUCAGCUGAUAGUGGGUGGGAUUGGCGCGGUUAUGACCUCCUCAGUCGAGCAGAGACCGCAUCCAAGCUGGAGGACGUCUUACCUGCGCUGGGCGAUGCGGACCUCUGUGGGUUGACGCAGGACCAAGUGACUGCGGUCUAUGCUUCACCCAAUACACCAAGAAGUGUGAAGGACCAAAUCAUCGCAACACGUACUGAUGUCCUGGAAGAGACCGAAUGUGACUUCGCUGCUGCCGGGGAGAAGUUGAUGAAAGCACUCGAGAACGAGGGGGAGAAGGUCUCCUAUAGACCUUGCAAUGUGGUGUGGAGCCAUCCAAGCUCAGGCGGGCAGCUCUUGAUUGCCAAUGAGCACUCCGCAACGUCCAAAGACGUGUUGGUGGAGCACAAGGUUUGUUUUAUCGUAAACUGCCUCGACUUUUUUGGAACGACUGCACCCUUCCAUGACGAUCCCGACGUUCGCUACCUCUACUUUCCCAUCGCCUGCUGGAGGGAAGGAGCACCAGACCGGUCUCCCAAGGGUGUCGCGAAGGUGCUUGCGCCAUUGCUCAGCUUUGCCAAACACCACUUGGCCGAAGGCGGCAACGUGAUGAUUCACUGUCUGGCUGGCUGUCAUCGGGCAGGGACGGCUGGCGUGGCCUGCUUGAUGGAGCUUUGCAAUUUGGACUUCAAAUCGGCUCUGUGUGCAGCGAAGGCCGCGCGACCUUCUGUGGAUCCACUGGCGCAUCUUCAUGCGCUUCUGCGAAAGUUCGAAGUGGCCAAGAGAUCCGGCUUCGUGGGGAAGGCCAUGGAACAGGCCAGUCAGCUGGGCUUUCAAGAGGCCGCAAACGCAGUGUUCGGCAUCAAUCCGCCGAAGCAGAAGACAAUUCCGGCUACGUAA